GUAGAAGAAGAACAAUCGCUCGGAGACAAUGGGCCACGCUUUCGCUAAAGACACGGUAAACCCGCGCACAGGCCUGGCGUCGAAAGAGACCCGGUUGCUCAAGCAGACCUGGCGAUACUUCUGCGACCACAACCGCAACUUCGGCGCGCUCAUCUUGCACGCGUUCUUCCAGAAGCAGCCCGACACCUUGCACCUGUUCCGGAACUUUCGCGGUAAGCCCAUCCAGAACCUGCCAGAAGACAUGUUGUUCAGGACGCACGCCUGCACCUUCGGCUACCAGCUGACUUCCAUAGUAGAUAACAGCGAUGACGCCGAUCUGCUGGAGGCGCUCAUCCGCAAGAAUGCCGAGGUUCACAAGAAACACUUGGGUGUCACGCCGAUGCACUUCCGCAUCAUGGGCAAAACCGUGGUGGACGUUCUGCAGGCCAAGAACGGCAAGCUGAUGACGCCUGGCACUGUCUUGGCGUGGGAAAAGCUGUUCAAUUUUAUCGCCACCAUUACGACCACCGUUCUUGACCCUUCAAAGGCGGAUUCCAACCCCAGCACGCCUUCAAAGAAACUCAGGAUGCAAAGAUCAGUGUCACGCACCACAGUAUCUUCUGUGAAAAGAUCCAAAUCGAAAGCCUAAAUCGGACAGAGUACGAGCACUGCCACCGCACCCUAUCAACGCAAGUCACAUUUACCUCCCGCAGCAGCGGUUGUGCCGUACAGCCUGCCUUCGGAAGCCUGCGCAUCCAUCAAGAGGCCAAACAUAUCACGUACGAGGCAAGGCGUCCAGCAGUUCAAGAGCUCGGUCAAAAAACAGCCCAAGGUAGUCAGGGAACAACCCCUCAGUGACAGUUAGGUAAACUGACAACCGACAAUUUUCUCAAUAUCGAAUGUGUGUGAACUAUACUAAUACCAUGAAGUGCAUUUAAAUACCUUGAUUUGCUUUGCACGUUUAUGCUUUGAUUGUAUUGCCUGGUGGGGAUAAUAAAAUGUUCCGAGUAAGGGCAUGCAA